AUGGAUGAUGAGUUUCCAAAUUCUGAUGAGGAAUACGAUCUAGUUCCUACAGAAAGUUUAAAAAAAACUAAUAAUGUAACCGGAAAUAAUACAAAAGUUUCUCAAAAUAAUUUAACUCAGCCGUCAAAAUCUAGUACUAAUGAAAAUUCACGUUUUAUUUAUGCUAAUGAUGAUGAUUUUCCCGAUCCAGAUGAAGAAUUUGAUUUGAUCCCAACAGACGUUUAUAAAAAAUCAAAUCAGCCUUCCAGUAAGUUUAUUUAUUGAAUUUUUAAAAAUAAUACUAAAGUUAAUUUUUAAAUAAAAAAAUUCGCACUUGUAAUUUUUUUUAAUUUCUACAUGUCAAUUUUUUUUAUUAUAAUUUAAUUGUUAUUAAUAAUUAAAAAAUUGAAAAUUGUCAGCUGAUUUGAGUAUCAUUAAAUAAAUAAUAAUUAAAUCUACUAAUAUUUAUUAUUAGUAGGUACAAGUACUCAAAAGACACCUCAGAGUCAAGUUCAAGCUCCAAAACUUGUCGAUAAAUCCCAAGCUAGUAUUUCUAGUGACUUUCCAGAACCAGAUGAAGAGCUUGAAUUCAUUGAAUUGACUCCUCAGCCUUCCACUUCAACGAGUGAGUCACUAACCCAGCAAGUCAGAAAAAGAACCUAUGAUGAAUUGAUGAAGGAUGUAGCAGAUCUUCUACAAGAAGAUAUACCCAGUUCUAGUCGCUUGAGAAGAGAAAAAAGACCGAGAUGGGACCAGCCAGAUUUAAUAAUUGAAGCCAUUUUAAACCAGAAACAAAAAGUCCAACAAAGAUAUGAGAAAGAUGUUGAUAAUCCUCGUUUUUUGAAUUCUAAUUACUCUGAUGAUCCAGAGAGAGAAACAAUAACUACUAGAGUGCCUUCUUGGAAUUUCGUUGCCUUAACUCGUCCUUAUGAUUCUCAACGCUUGUACGUCCGAGUUAAACCAGACGCUGUAAUUAAUCCUAUUAAAGUAAACUCAUCGUCUGGUUUACUUUCAGUUAGCUAUGAUAAAUUAAAAGCCGACGCUGAAAAAAUAUUAGCAGAUAAAGCGAAAGAAAAGUCAAUAACAUCUAGAUCAGCAAGAAAAAAGGGUGAAGAUGUAUUAUGGGUUGAUAAAUAUCGUCCAAAAAAAUACAUGGAGCUUCUUACCGACGAAACAACCAACCGCGAAUUCUUGCGCUGGAUGAAACUUUGGGAUAAGGUUGUAUUCAACCGUGAGAUAGUUAUGAGAAAAAAAAAUUCAACGACUAACUCGUUUAAGCCACGAAACUUUAACAAUAAUAAAUCAGAUAGAAUAAAUUCAAGAGAAGGUGGAUUUAAUGCCAAUAAAUUCAGCGAUAAUUGCAACAAUGAAGAGCUUGUAGAUAAAAAAGGAUUUCCUGUACAUAGAAUUGCAUUGCUCAGUGGACCCCCGGGUCUUGGAAAAACGACAUUAGCACACUUGGUGGCUAGACACGCUGGUUAUAAUGUCGUUGAAAUCAAUGCGAGUGAUGACCGCAGUCCGGAGGCUUUUAGACAGGCUCUAUUAGCUUCUACGCAAAUGAAAUCAAUGAUUGGUGCUGAUCCAAGGCCUAAUUGUCUGGUUUUAGAUGAAAUUGAUGGCGCUCCAGCUGCUUCGAUAGAAUUACUGCUCAAGUUUGUUCAAGGAAAAUUAUCUGAAAAGGGUAAAAAGUCCAAGUCAGCUGAGAAAAGUAAUGAAUUUUGUAAAAGACCUAUUGUUUGUAUCUGUAAUGAGUUAUACACUCCGGCAUUGAGGCCUUUACGAGCGGUUGCUUUUUCAAUAUACGUUCCUAGAAUCACCCCGGCAGCUCUGAGCGAUCGGUUAUUAACUAUUGCUCGUAGGGAGAGACUUGAUGUGGAUCAACGGGUCCUUUUACAGAUAGCUGAAAAGUCAGGGUGUGAUGUCAGGUCGUGUGUUAAUGCCUUGCAAUACAUGGGUGAUGAUUGCGAAAAAACUAAUUUGGAUUUGAGUCUGAAAGAUUCUAAAAAGGGGCUGUUUGAAUUUUGGAAGGAUAUGUUUCUAGUUCCUCAUGAUAAAACUGGACCUCUUUCUUUACGAGAAAGAGUUCAGAGAGUUUUAAAAUCAGCUUACAACAACUCGGAACGAUUUGUUCAAGGAAUUUUUGAAAAUUACCCACCAAACUGCCACGAUAAUUUAAAUAAAGUAUCUGGAUCUUUAGAAUGGUUUCAAUUUUAUGAUCAAGUAACAACAGUUGUUGCGACUAAAAAUGAUUGGCAAGUAAUGCCAUACACAAAUUAUGCUUUUGCAUCCUGGCAUUUAGGUUUUUCACUUCCAAGAGCUCCGAAGUUAUCGUUUCCUUACACAGCAACUGAGGUGAGUCAAAAAAUAAAAAAAACACUAACAUUGGUAUCAGCAGCCCAAAGAUCUUGUGGUCUAAGUGGUCUAGUGAUAAUUCUGGACCUUGCUCCGCUGUCAUUUGAAUUACUAACACCCCGACUUCGUUCUGUGGCUAUUAAUUUAUACACUCCAAAAGAAAAGUCAGAUUUGGAUCAUCUGAUAGAUGUAAUGCUGAGUCUCAAGCUUGCAUUCGUUCAAGACAGAAGGGAGGACGGCUCUCUGGACUACGUUAUUGAACCAGAUUUGUUUGAAAUCGGCAUUUUCCCUGAUUGUAAGCAACGCAAAGGACUGUCUUACACCGUGAAGCAAAUAGUGUCCCGAGAAAUCGAGGCUGAAAGAGUAAAGCGAGCAGCAAAAGCCGCGGGAGCUGAAAGUUCUAAAGAAAAUAAGCCAGCGUCGACUGAAAAUACAAAAAAUGAUUUUGCUAAACCUAAUCCAGUUAACAGACCAAAUCAUAUAGAUCGCGUGGAGCGUAUCACGUUGAAUGAUGAUCUUAAAGAUCCAAAAUUCCGAGACUUCUUCAAGAACUUCAAGCUACCUCCUAAGGUGCCUGAUCCAACGUCUCCUGAACAGACCUCCCCAAAAGCUGAGCGAAUCGACCAACGAAUCAAAAAAAUAGUUCAUACAAACGGAGUAUGGUUCAAGUAUAUAGAAGGUUACAGUAACGCAGUUCGACGAACAGUAAGAAUGAAAGAUAUUUUAUAA